CACAAUUUCUUGGCUUUGUUCCUCUUUUGUCUUCACGAACCCAAAAUGGUGAAACUUUCCCUUCCCACUACUGCGACGUUCAAAGCCAGCAUCUGCCUCUUGCUCCUGCUCAUCACCUUUGGGUGCGCCAACUCAGCCAGGGUCCUUGACGAAGUGGACCCAAUACCCCCUGUCCUCCCUGAUCCACCCCAAUUAGCCAAUCCUGCCACAACAACUGUCCCAAAUGUAACCCCACAGGUGGGUCCCACUACGACACUGCCAAGUGACCAAGUCCCAGCCACCCCAAUGGCAGAUGACAUUGAACCACCACUGCCUGAAUCUGAAGUCCCCGAUAUUGACGUGGCACCACAACCGGAUCCUGAAGAACCCGACACCACGUCAACACCUAUUAUUGGAAUGGCACCCGUAGCUGGUCCCACCACCACAGCCGCAGUUGUUCCAACAGCACCUGUUACCGCUACAUCCGGUGCCAUAGUGGCAAAACCUGCUGGAUCAGAAACCCCUACGUUGACCUUUUUCAUGCAUGACAUCUUAGGUGGCACACAUCCAUCGGCCAGGGUGGUCACUGGGAUCAUAACUGACACCCAAAUCAAUGGCCUUCCUUUCUCUAAGCCCAACAGCGAUAUCUUCCCACUCACCGGUGGGGUCCCAUUGACAAACGCAAACCUUAAUGGUAUUAUCAACAACAAUAAUCUCCCGUUCAUUGCAGGCCUCAACGGCGUCGGCCCCCAAGCCUCCACUGUCAUCCAAAAUGGAGCCAACAACGGCGUCGUUAACGGCGGAAACAACCUACCCUUUGUCACUGCCGGUCAACUACCAUCCGGGCUCACACUCCAGAAGCUCAUGUUCGGAUCACUGACGGUGAUUGAUGACGAGUUGACGGAAGGCCACGAGAUGGAUUCCGCUCAUGUGGUUGGCAAAGCGCAGGGGUUUUACUUGGCUAGCUCCUUGGACGGGACGAGCCAGACGGUCGCGUUGACAGUACUGUUGCUGCACGGUUCUGGUGGCGGUGAUCACCAUCAGGUACUGGUCGAGGAUACGAUCAGUUUCUUUGGCGUGCAUCGAACGGCGUCGCAUGAGUCUCAAAUUUCGGUGGUUGGUGGGACAGGGAAGUACGAGAAUGCGAAGGGGUAUGCUACAGUCGAAACACUUCACCCGGAGGAUCAGCACACUACGGACGGCGUCGACACAAUCCUGCAGUUCGGUGUUUACCUUUCGGAUUAGUUUGUGUUGUCGGGUUCGGUAAAUACGAUUUACCAUGUUAUUGUAUAACUGGG